AGCGGUUAAACGCCAACAAGGCUCGCGGCGGGGGGCGGGGGAAGGGUCACAUGCGGCGCGGCGGGGUGUGGGAGGUCCCUAGCAACGCCGGCCCGGAGCUGGUUGCUACGGGAGGGGAGGGAGGAAGCGCUUCCUGCGGCGCUGGGAGGAAUCACUUCCCGGGCGGCGAGGCCUGGCCGCUGGCGCGGGAGACAGGAGAAGUCUCAUCAGGUUAAUGGGAAUCGUCCCGCCCACCCCGUGCAUGGCUCACAAUUGAAAACAUGCUCCAAAUGAAUCCCCUUGCUUCGUUUCUUCUUUAUAAUCUGCCUGGGACCAGAAACUGACUUCUUGAGAGUGUUCAUGAAGGAGGAAGGAGCUUCUGCCAUGGCUGCCGAGCUGGAUUUCUCUCCCCCUGAAGUCCCAGAGCCCACAUUCAUGGAGAACAUGCUGCGCUAUGGACUCUUUUUUGGAGCCAUUUUCCAGCUGAUCUGUGUCCUGGCCAUAAUCCUCCCAAUUUCAAAGUCCCAUAAGACAGACUCUGACAAUUUUGAGUCUAAAAGUUCAGAGGUGGUGAAGAAGCCGAAGGUGGCUGCUCCGCAGCUGAGCAAGAAACCCAAGAAGGAAACCAAGAAGAAGAGAUAAAAGGAGCAUUGUAAAGGAGCAUUAAAGACAAGUGGACUGCACACAGCCAGAUGGUUAAUUUAACUGUCCUAGUCAGCAUGGAUCAUCUCACCUCCGAUGGGGAGGGAAAGCUUACAUUUGCAUCUCCUCCAUGCGGGCUGGGAUGUGAAGUGAAGGCAUGGAAUGGGGGGCAUGUGUUGUGCCACUGAGGAUACCUUUUUCUACGUCAUUCUUUUAAAGGCCGAUGGAUCAAGGACAUCACACCACCCGGUUUUGUAUUCACUUGUAUUGUUGUUACAUGUAAAAUACAUCACUGCAUUUUA